AGUCGUGAAAUCCCCUACACUCCGUCUCCUCGCGGCUCCUGCAGGAUCUGGGCUGCUAGAGACGCUUUAACCUUAAGGGGGCCUCCGGGAGAGGGGAGCGGGGUUGCUGACGCCCGGAGCCCCACCCCCGCCGCGCCGGUCCUGCGCCGGCCUGUGGCGGCGAGCUGCGGCCACAGGAAGCGGGCGGCGGCGGCGGCGGCCUCCCCAGGUCUCCCCCGCUCCGUGCGCGGCUGGAGGAGGGAUCCGCCAUAUUGUGGCCGCAGCCGAAGGCGCCCGGCAGCGCGAGGCGGGUGGAGGUGGCGGCCCCGGCCCCGGCCCCGGCCCCGGCCUCGGUCUGGGAGGAGUCGGCUGCCCCGGGGCCCGCAGGGUUGGGGAGUGAAUGAGCCGCUCGCGCUAGUCUCCUCCCCGCCCACUCCCUCCGCUCUCCGCCGCCGGGACCGGGCCGGGACGGGGCCGGAGACGGCCGUGGCGGCAGGAUGUUCUCCAAGAAGCCGCACGGGGACGUGAAGAAAUCUACCCAAAAGGUGCUGGACACCAAGAAGGACGCGCUGACCCGACUCAAGCACCUGCGAUGCGUCAUCGAGAAUGCAGAGUCUAUUGAUCUCAAGCAGUUUUUUGACCAACAUUUUUCACAUAUAUAUUAUGUGUUCUUUGAGAAUUUCGUGACCAUUGAAGCUAGUCUUAAACAGAAAGGUCACAAGUCUCAAAGGGAGGAAUUGGAUGCUAUACUUUUUAUUUUUGAGAAAAUUUUACAACUUCUUCCGGAAAGAAUUCAUCAGCGAUGGCAAUUUCAUAGUAUUGGAUUGAUUUUAAAGAAACUACUUCACACAGGAAACUCCUUGAAGAUCAGGCGGGAAGGUGUUCGUCUUUUCUUAUUAUGGUUGCAAGCUCUUCAGAGUAACUGUAGCAAAGAGCAGCUUUGGAUGUUUUCAUGCUUAAUCCCUGGAUUUUCGGCACCACAAUCCGAAUAUGGACCUCGAACUUUAGAUAAUCUCAUUAAUCCUCCACUCAAUCUUCAAGAAACUCAAGUUACUAUAGAGGAAAUCACUCCUCUUGUCCCCCCACAAUCAGGAGAUAAAGGACAAGAAGAUCUCACAAGCUAUUUUCUUGAAGCACUUUUAAAAUAUAUAGUAAUUCAGGUAAAAAGUUUAGAAUGGAAGAACAAAGAAAAUCAAGAAAGGGGAUUUUCAUUUCUGUUUUCACAUUUUAAGAAGUACUACUUGUCUUAUAUUUUUCCAAACAUGUGCAAGGAGAGCAGUUUAUAUCAUCCUGUACUUGAUAUUCCACAGAUGAGACCAAAGCCACAUUAUGUCAUGAUAAAAAAGGAUGCUGAAACAAAUGAAGCAAUAUAUUGUACGAAGGAGCCUUUCAUUAAGGCUCGUGUUAUUGUCAUUCGUUGGCUGGUUUCUUUCUGGCUUGAGCCAAAGCCACAUACAGGACCUCAUAUUCCUGGGAUGGAAGGUGAAAUCUUGCCAAAGAAUAUUCAGAGAGCAGCAGCUAGUUUGGUAUCCAGAGAAGAAAACAAAAAUGAUAAUACUGAUAAAACAGAUAGAACUACAGAACCAGAACAGUCUCAUUCUAAUACAAGCACUCUGACGGAGCGAGAACCUAGCUCAUCUAGCCUCUGUAGUAUUGAUGAGGAACAUCUCACAGACAUUGAAAUAGUUCGCAGAGUUUUUUCUUCUAAAAGAAGUAAUGUAAACUUUGUCACGGAGAUAUUUCGUCAGGCAUUUUUAUUACCAAUUUGUGAAGCAGCAGCAAUGAGGAAAGUGGUAAAAGUAUAUCAAGAAUGGAUUCAGCAAGAGGAAAAACCUUUGUUCAUGCAAGAGCCUGAAGAAAUUGUGACUUCCUCUUCUGACUUACCUUGCAUUGACAGUGUUGCAGACCAUGAUAUUUCAAUGGAAGAAGGAGAAAAGAGAGAAGAGGAAAAUGGGACCAAUAUUGCUGAUCAUGUUCGAAAUUCCACUUGGGCAAAAAAUGGCACUUACCAAGAUGUUCUUCAUAAUGCCUCUGAAGAAGCCACAGAACAAAACAUACGAGCUGGUACCCAGGCAGUUUUGCAGGUGUUUAUUAUAAACUCAUCAAAUAUAUUUCUUCUUGAACCUGCAAAUGAAAUAAAAAGUCUUCUGGAUGAGCACACAGAUAUGUGUAAACGUAUUCUUAACAUUUAUCGGUUCAUGGUUGUGCAAGUAUCAAUGGACAAAAAGACUUGGGAACAGAUGCUGCUUGUGUUGCUCAGAGUCACAGAGUCUGUACUGAAGAUGCCAUCACAAGCUUUUCUGCAGUUCCAGGGGAAAAAAAAUAUGACCUUGGCAGGUCGACUUGCAGGACCACUUUUUCAGACUCUUAUAGUUGCCUGGAUCAAAGCAAAUCUAAAUGUGUACAUAUCCCGAGAACUUUGGGAUGAUUUACUCUCAGUUUUGUCAUCAUUGACCUAUUGGGAAGAAUUAGCCACUGAAUGGUCACUGACUAUGGAGACACUAACUAAAGUUUUAGCUAGAAAUUUAUAUAGUUUGGAUCUCAGUGAUUUACCAUUGGAUAAGCUGAGUGAACAGAAGCAAAAAAAGCAUAAAGGGAAAGGAGUUGGACAUGAAUUUCAGAAAGUCUCAGUUGACAAGUCAUUUUCUAGAGGAUGGAGUCGUGAUCAGCCUGGCCAAGCCCCAAUGAGACAGAGAAGUGCAACAACCACUGGUUCCCCAGGAACUGAAAAGGCGAGGAGUAUAGUACGACAAAAAACUGUUGAUAUUGAUGAUACUCAAAUACUUCCCCGCCCAACUAGAGUCAGACAUUUUUCACAAAGUGAAGACACUGGGAAUGAAGUUUUUGGUGCAUUGAAUGAGGAACAGCCACUGCCUCGAAGUAGCAGCACUUCUGACAUCUUGGAACCAUUCACUGUUGAACGAGCCAAAGGUGCAGUUCCUGUCAUUGACAGUUCGUCCCGUCAUGCGCCAAGCUUGCAGAGUUCCACAGAGGCUUCUUCAAUAACUAGAUCCACUGAAAGCCACAUCACUGAUACUCAUAGUAGAGAGUCUUCUCUGGAAGUUGGUGAUAGCAUAUAUGACCAUCUUUGUCACUUAAUAGAUCCAGUAGAACUCGCAGAUUCAGCUUUUGAACAAAUCCAGUACAUUGACCUUGAAGGAGAUGACGAUCUUCUUUCCUCCCUGAAAGAAUAUUUUAAGGAAAACCAGGAAAAUCACAGUAAAAAUGAGUUAGGUAAAGAUGCAGCUUCUCAGGAAGUGAUUAUUGCAGUAAAUAGGGAUGAAAGGUCAUCCUUAGAUAAAUUAGAAUACUUAGAUCAAGAAAAUAAAUUAGAAAAUAUCUCCUCUUUUGUUGGGACUCCUGUAAACAUACAGUUUCAAAAAGAACAAAACUCAUCUGUCUUCAUGAAUAAUAUUUCAUCUAACCAAUUAGAUAGUUUUAUGAGAACAAAGACUUCUGAAAAAUCUAAGCAACUAAACAGUGAUAAACAGUCAUCGGAACCUAGUUCAGGUAGCCCUUGUGAUAAAGAAAAGAGGAAAUAUCUAUAUCGACAAGCAGCCACAGAAUUAGAUGCUUGUGUAGAUAUAACACUAGUUGAAAAGGUUAUGGAUAUGCAAAUUAAUGAAAACAAAACUGUCCCUCAUGUUAUGCAUGCCAAGAAAACCACACUAAAAGCACCUGUUAACCGUAGAAUGCCUCAUGUUACAAACACUAGCAAGCUUUCUCCAACCAAAAGGAGCUUGUCUGAAACAGUAACUCAUAGAGCCAAAAUCAUGAAAAUUGCUACUAAAAAACGAACUAGUGUUCAUGUUACUUUUAGACCAUCUACUGAGUCAGUUCAGUUUUAUAAUCCUAUGGAAAACAAAGAGGCCCCAUGGAAGAUGAGACUGCGGAAGCUCGGUGGCUUCAGUAGUAGUAGCAAUAGCAACACCAGUAACCCCCCGCAUACCGGCUCAAAUAGUGUUUCUGAGCUAGUAAAACCUGGUGUGUACAGACCUCUAGAUACAAUUGGUACAACAUCAGUAAGUAGUAAAACAAUUAAGGAGGCUGCAGAAAUUCCCACCAUAUUACAAAAGGAAGGAAUUGCAAGUAAUCAGCUAGGUAGUCGUAGUACUCUUAGGUCAUCAAGUCAUGAUACAGGACUACCGCAGGGCUCCCUGGGUGGCGUUUAUAAAACUGUUGUACAUGCUCUUUCAAAGCCGAAGGCAAAUGUUUCCCCACAGAGGCAGAACAGAAUGCCACCAGAGGCUCCACUGAGGGAUCUGUACAGUCAUGUAAUGGGCUAUUUUGGAAGGAAAGCUGCAGUCAAUAAAGAGGAUAUGAGCCCAAAACUGCCUCCUCUUAAUAGUGAUAUUGGCAGCAGCAAUGCUAAUGUUCCUGAUCUGAUGGAUGAGUUUAUAGCAGAACGACUUCGAAGUGGUAAUGCCUCAACUAUGACAAGAAGAGGAAGUAGUCCAGGCAGCCUCGAAAUUCCCAAAGACCUCCCUGAUAUUCUAAACAAGCAGAACCAAAUGCGCCCUAUUGAUGACCCAGGUGUACCCUCAGAAUGGACUUCUCCUGCCAGUGCAGGGAGCAGUGAUCUUAUCAGCUCAGAUAGUCAUUCGGAUUCUUUCAGUGCUUUCCAAUAUGAUGGACGAAAAUUUGACAAUUUUGGCUUUGGAGCUGAUACUGGGAUUGCAUCAUCUGAUGUGGAUUCAGGUUCUGGUCACCAUCAGAGUACUGAAGAGCAAGAAGUGGCUAGUCUAACCACGCUUCACAUAGAUUCUGAAACAAGCAGUCUUAAUCAACAAGCUUUCUCUGCUGAAGUUGCAACGGUUACUGGUUCAGAAAGUGCUUCUCCAGUUCAUUCAGCUCUGGGAUCCAGGUCACAAACACCUUCUCCUUCUACAUUGAAUAUAGAACAUAUGGAACAGAAAGAUCUGCAGCUUGAUGAGAAACUUCACCACUCUGUUCUUCAGACGCCAGAUGACCUAGAAAUCAGUGAAUUUCCAUCUGAAUGUUGUAGUGUGAUGGCAGGGGGUACUCUUACAGGAUGGCAUGCUGAUGUUGCUACUGUAAUGUGGCGGAGAAUGCUAGGCAUUUUGGGAGACGUCAAUGCUAUUAUGGAUCCUGAAAUACAUGCUCAAGUUUUUGAUUACCUCUGUGAACUUUGGCAGAAUUUAGCUAAGAUUAGAGAUAACCUCGGCAUUUCGACUGAUAAUUUGACCUCCCCUUCUCCACCAAUUUUGAUACCUCCAUUGAGAAUUCUUACACCUUGGCUUUUCAAGGCAACCAUGUUGACUGAUAAAUAUAAGCAAGGUAAAUUACAUGCUUAUAAACUUAUUUGCAAUACAAUGAAAAGAAGACAAGAUGUUUCUCCAAAUAGAGAUUUUCUGACACAUUUUUAUAACAUAAUGCAUUGUGGAUUACUUCAUAUUGAUCAGGAUAUUGUCAAUACAAUCAUCAAGCACUGCUCACCUCAGUUUUUUUCACUUGGUUUGCCUGGUGCCACAAUGCUUAUUAUGGAUUUUAUUGUAGCAGCUGGCAGAGUGGCUUCUUCAGCUUUUCUCAAUGCACCAAGAGUGGAAGCGCAAGUUCUUCUGGGAUCUUUAGUUUGCUUUCCUAACUUAUAUUGUGAACUGCCUGCUCUUCAUCCCAAUAUUCCUGAUAUUGCUGUGUCUCAAUUUACAGAUGUUAAGGAACUUAUAAUCAAAACUGUAUUAAGCUCAGCAAGAGAUGAGCCCUCUGGCCCUGCACGAUGUGUAGCACUUUGCAGUUUAGGUAUUUGGAUUUGUGAAGAACUAGUCCAUGAGUCUCAUCAUCCUCAAAUUAAGGAAGCUCUGAAUGUAAUUUGUGUUUCCUUAAAGUUUACUAAUAAAACAGUAGCCCAUGUAGCUUGUAACAUGCUUCACAUGCUCGUUCACUAUGUACCUAGACUUCAGAUUUACCAGCCUGAUUCUCCCUUGAAAAUUAUUCAAAUCCUGAUAGCCACUAUUACCCAUCUUUUGCCAAGUACAGAAGCUUCAUCUUAUGAAAUGGACAAGAGAUUGGUGGUAUCUUUACUUCUGUGCCUUUUGGACUGGAUCAUGGCCUUACCCCUAAAGACACUGCUCCAACCAGUCCAUGCAUCGGGAGCAGAAAAUGAUAAAAUAGAAAAAUCUGUCCUCAAUUGCAUUUAUAAGGUAUUACAUGGAUGUGUUUAUGGAGCUCAAUGUUUUAGCAAUCCAAAGUAUUUUCCAAUAAGCCUAUCAGACUUGGCAUCUGUAGAUUAUGAUCCCUUUCUGCAUUUGGAAAGUCUGAAAGAACCUGAACCUCUGCACUCUCCUGAUUCAGAACGAUCUUCUAAACUCCAACCAGUAACAGAAGUGAAAACUCAGAUGCAACAAGGAUUAAUUUCUAUAGCUGCUCGCACUGUUAUUACACAUCUGGUAAAUCACUUGGGCCAUUAUCCAAUGAGUGGUGGUCCUGCUAUGUUAACAAGUCAGGUGUGUGAAAAUCAUGACAAUCAUUACAGUGAAAGUACUGAACUUUCUCCUGAACUCUUUGAGAGUCCAAAUAUCCAGUUCUUCGUGUUGAACAAUACAACCUUAGUGUCCUGUAUUCAGAUCAGAUCAGAAGAGAGUAUACCUGGAGGAGGUUUAUCUGCUGGUCUUGCAUCAGCCAAUUCAAAUGUCAGAAUCAUAGUACGUGAUCUUUCUGGAAAAUAUUCAUGGGAUUCUGCCAUCCUAUAUGGACCACCUCCUGUAAGUGGCUUGUCAGAACCUGCAUCUCUCAUACUUUCAUUGUCUCACCAAGAGAAGCCAGAAGAGCUGCCUAGAUCCAACGAAUGCCUAGAAGAUGUAACAAUAAAAGAUGGGAUUUCCUGUCAGUUUAAAAGAUUUAGAGAAACUGUACCAACUUGGGAUACAAUCAGAGAUGAUGAAGAUGUUCUUGAUGAACUUUUGCAGUAUUUAGGUGUAACCAGUCCUGAGUGCUUACAGAGAACUGGAAUUUCACUUAAUAUUCCUGCUCCACAACCUGUGUGCAUUUCUGAAAAACAGGAAAAUGAUGUUAUUAAUGCUAUCCUUAAGCAACAUACAGAGGAAAAAGAAUUUGUUGAGAAACACUUUAAUGACUUAAACAUGAAAGCUGUGGAGCAAGAUGAACCAGCACCUCAAAAGCCUCAGUCAGCAUUUUAUUAUUGCAGAUUGCUUCUUAGUAUAUUGGGAAUGAAUUCCUGGGACAAAAGGAGGAGCUUUCAUCUCCUAAAGAAAAAUGAAAAACUACUUAGAGAACUUAGGAACUUGGAUUCAAGACAGUGCCGAGAGACACACAAGAUCGCAGUAUUUUAUGUUGCUGAAGGACAAGAAGAUAAACAUUCCAUUCUCACAAAUACAGGAGGAAGUCAAGCAUAUGAAGAUUUUGUAGCUGGUCUUGGUUGGGAGGUAAAUCUUACAAACCAUUGUGGUUUCAUGGGAGGACUACAAAAAAACAAAAGCACUGGAUUGACCACACCAUAUUUUGCUACCUCUACAAUGGAAGUAAUUUUUCAUGUAUCAACAAGAAUGCCUUCUGAGUCUGAUGACUCUUUGACCAAAAAAUUGAGACAUUUAGGAAAUGAUGAAGUACACAUUGUUUGGUCAGAGCAUACUCGAGACUACAGAAGAGGAAUUAUUCCUACAGAAUUUGGUGAUGUCCUUAUUGUAAUAUAUCCAAUGAAAAAUCACAUGUUCAGUAUCCAGAUAAUGAAAAAACCAGAGGUUCCCUUCUUUGGCCCACUUUUUGAUGGUGCUAUUGUGAAUGGAAAGGUCCUGCCCAUUAUGGUUCGAGCAACAGCUAUAAAUGCAAGCCGUGCUCUGAAAUCACUGAUUCCACUGUAUCAAAACUUCUAUGAGGAGAGAGCACGGUACCUGCAAACAAUUGUCCAGCACCAUUUAGAACCAACGACGUUUGAAGAUUUCGCGGCGCAGGUUUUUUCUCCAGCUCCCUACCAUCACUUACCACCGGAUGCUGAUCAUUAAAUAUCAGUUCUGUUUAUCUGAAGUUGGCUCCUACCCAGAGGUUCUACCCAGUGAAACUCCCACAGCAACGCAGGUAGAUGGGGCCGACCUGGCCUCUCCAAUGUCUCCUCGAACUAGCAAAAGCCGUAUGUCCAUGAAGCUGCGUCGAUCCUCUGGCUCAGCCAAUAAAUCCUAAGGAGACGAGCAGCCCAAGCAGAGAUCAGCAGUAGCCACCUUAGCAUGAACAUAGUGUUAACCCUUUCGGGCUCUUUUGUUUGCCAUAGCAUGCAUGUUCCUUCCUGAACAUUUAUUGUAAAAAGAACACUGGAUUUAAAUAAUUUGUAACUUAAUAUUUUAGAUUUGAGUUGUUUAUUCACUUGGUUUUCCCCCCCACACUCCAAACUGCCUUGGGGGAGAGGGGCAUUCAAUAUCCCUUCACCUUUCUAGAUAAUUAUGUCUAAGAAGUUUUACUUUUAAUUUCAUGAUUACCUUUGAACCAAAAUAGAAUGGUUCUCGUUAUUUUAUUUAUCAUGCCCCAUUGCAACUUUAUGGGCUCAGUAAAUAUAUAAUUUUUUUACAAAUGUAAAUUUUUAAAUUUAAGCAUUUGUAAAGUUAUAGCAAAAGUUGCAAAUCUGUUAAUACACAAGAUGUGUAUGGAUUAUUUAUGUUAUGAAAAUAAAACAUUAAAAUAAAUGGUCUUUUAGCAUCACAAAUUCUAACUGAAAUAAUUUUAGCAUUAACUUUUUCUUCCCAAAGCAAUGCCUCGUUUCUUGGCUGUGUGGUGACGCCGUGGCAUAUCUAGUAACCAGAAAAAUCACUGUGCUAACUUUGAUUUAAGUUUAGCUUCAAUAUCUUUCUAAUGUUUUGCUUUUUAAAUGGUAUCACUGUUAAAUGCCUCUUUUUUUUUUUUUUUUUUUUUGAGAUUGUGGCCCUUUAUUAUUGGCUGGUGGAUCCUGGUGUACCUAUGUUCUUUCUUAAAUACCAUAAAGGGAGGACUUGGGAGGAAAAAAGAAAAGAAGGAAAAAACUUUUCUGAUAUAAAUGUGUUAAUUAAAUUAUGUGUAUUUUUUUUUUAAAAAAGGAACAUGACCCAGGAGUCCAAAUUAAAUCUAAUAUUGUUAAUACUGAACUUGCAGGUGCAGUUGGUAUACAUUCCACUCUCCAGAGGUAUUUUCCUACAGUAGAUAAGCUGCUCACAUUUUGCUCAUAUUUUGUUUUAAACUGGCAUCUCCUAAGGAAAUGUAGCAUGGCAUCGGUACUAACUGCAUGUGUAAAUACAUCAUACAGCAAACUAUAAAAUAUAAAUUAUGUAUCAUCUUUCAUGUAGUAUCUACAAAUUUGUAACAGUGGAAAAAAUAUAUAGUAUUUAGUAAUACAAUAAAAAUAUUAUCACUUAUG